AUGCGUCUGCUAUUACCGCUCCUUUGUGCUGUCUCACUUAUCAAUGCUCAGUCGACCACCUCGAGCGUGUCGAAUGGAUCGAAUCAAUCGGGUUCUUCCGACCCCACUCCGACCCCCACCACGAAGGGGAAUAACACACUCGAAGUAAUCACGACCACCAUCACUCAGCUCAUUUCCUCCGGCUCGGCUUCACCGACAAGCACCACUUUCGCCCUGACUUUGACACUCAACUCAACCGCCCCGACGUUGAAUAGCACUUUAUCUGGUAAUGGGACACUUUUGGGGAACGCGACGUUAGAUAAUGCUACCGUUCCAUGGAAUGAGACCGAUCAAUGGCUACCCUUUCAUGUGGUCAUCGACCCUGCGUACGGGACGUUUGGAGCAGUGAUGAUUCUUACUGGGAUACCUGUAGCAGGCUUAGGAGGAAAGAAUCGAUGGUCCUCUCUCGCCAUCGUAUCUGGCUAUUCCCUUAUGCUCUUCACACUAGUCAUGAUCCUCCGAUUUGGAGUUGAGCCAAACCUUCAGCCCCCUUCCCCUUCCCCGCCGUCCACCACCCUUAGGGGAUUAUACCUCCUAGCAUGUCUCAUCGCAUCUUUUUUCGGCGCAGCCAUCGGCAUCUUUUUCUUCAAUUUUGCAAAAUAUUGGAUCUCAGCGACAGGCGGUUUUGCUCUCGGAUGGUUCUUGCUUGCUACUCGACAUGGGGGUCUCAUUUCCUCUACUCUUGGUCGAUGGGGUUUACUGGGUGGAUUGACUGUGGCCGGGUUCGUGGGAGGAUUAGUGCCGAUCUUACAUGAACAUAUGAUUUUGGUAUCGACGGCAUUAAUCGGUGCUACCGCUGUCACCUUGGGUAUUGAUUGUUAUUCCCGAGGAGGUCUAAAAGAGUUUUAUAUCUACAACCUAGGCUUUCACGAUCUCUUCCCCAAACUCGACAACAUGCGUUACCCCCUCACACAAACGAUGAUGAUCGAACUGGGUGUCCUCGCUGCCAUCUUCAUCAUGGGUGGCGCCAUUCAAUUCCCUCUCCUUAAUAUCCUUCAAAGACGUUUAAAGCAAAUGAGAGAAGAAGAAGAAGCUAGGAUCGAAGCUGAAGAAGUGACCAAAGCCGCAGAGAGAUUCAAAAACCUCGGUAAUGAGAUGAGUCAAUGGGAAGAGAAACACGGUCAUGGUACAUCCAACUCCGUCUCGACAGGAAUCUCUCCACGCAGUCCAACUCCUGGCACCCCGGGUUAUGAAAAUGGCACUUUACCCCGACUUUCUUUCGUUGACCCUGGUUCUGGGAGUGGAAGGAGUGGACGUGCGGAGUCUACUUUGAGUCUUCUUAGACCUUCUCCCGCUUCGGCAAGAACGAGCACAUACGAAGCGUUAGCACUUGAUUCGCCAACUACUAGUACUCCUAUCCUUCAACAUAAUUCGCAAGCUCCUAGUAUCUCCAAAUUCGAAGGUCUUGAAGGUCUUCUUUCCGAUUCUACCUCUCCUGUCACUCCUCCAAACAACAAAUCUACCAUUCUUAUUGAUGAAGAUUUAGCGAACAAAAUGCGAUUAUUGGAAGAAGUCAAAAAAGCAAGAGAGGAAGUUAAAAAAGCUAGAGAAGAAGUACAUUCUUCACUUGAACGGACCCGAACUGUCACACCUACCCCGAGCCUCUUGUCACAUUUGGAUCCGUCAAGAGAAGGUGCAAGAACACCCAUGACACCUCUUAACAUGGGUCUCAAUCCCUCCAGCGCGUCUUCCGCGGAAAUGGGAAUGAAUUCCGGACGUAGAUUUUCAAACGCAAGUUCGAUGGUACUCGAUAGGGAAUCUUCAACACCAAAUACGAACAUGAUCCAAGGGUAUGUCCCUUUGAAUCCGGGGUUAGGAAUGGACGACAGGCGAGGAAGGACUAAAAGCAUGCACGAAAUCUCAGGAUUAGAAUCAGGAUGGAAUAAGGAUGAUAGAGAAGGUAGAAGAUCCAUGGCGGAUCUAACCAGACCUCUCUCUACUGAUCAAUCUAUUCGAUAUGGUCAACAUCAAGGACAAAAGAACGAAAUCGGAGAAAGACGUUCGACUUAUCAUGAACCAUCAUCACAUAAUCAACAUAUCGUUACAGGUUCUGCUGCUUCUAUUUUACAUCCAACUCAAUCAAAACCACGUCCACAAAGAUCGAUGACUUUUGAAGAAUUAGCAGAAAGACAUAGGAAAAGAUUAAGUUCUUUACAAGAACCCGUGACCGCCAAAAUGAGGGAAGAGGUUCAAGCUGCGGAAGCUAGGAUGAAAUGGGAAGCUCAGAAGAAAAGGGAAAAAGCGGAAAUGUUGAGGAAAGAAAAGGAAAAGGAGAGGAUGGGAGGUAGUCAAGGUAGUGCAAGUGGUGGAAGUGCGAGUGGGAGAGGGAAAGAAAAAGUGGAAAGGAUGGAAGUUUUGAAAAAUGCGGAUGAAUGGAGAAAGAGUGUUGGGGAUGGACAAGUAAGACGUUCGGUCUAUCAGAACCCACAGGUUUAUUCGGUUCAAGAACAAGAGCAAGGAGCAAGAGGGAAUAGCGGAGGUGCGUAUGGAAUGGGAUUGGGAAGAGAGGGUCAAGGUCAAGGUAUGGGAAGAGGAGGAAAGAGAAGGAGCGGAUAUGAGUAUCCUUCAUGA